GCCUGUGCUCUGUUUCUAAAGAGGAGGUGGUUUUUUUUUUCCCCUCUUCCUGUGGGGCGAUCACAUCAACAUCACGGCUUACGUCGAUUCCAAACUUUGAAGCCGGAGUUGGAGUCUUGUACACUGGAAGGGAGCCAAUUUAUUUUACAUUCGGUAGCGAGCAAGUUUACAAGGAGUUGCGAAACCUAAGUCGGGACUACUGUUGUUCUUCCGCUCAUUUGGCAAUCGCUGAACGUCUACUCAUGUGCGGUCUGAUUCUACAGUGGCAAAAGACGAGUUUUGUAUAGGUUCUCAUGCAAGUAUUAUGCAGUCUGAUGAUGAGAAUGUUACAGUGGGUCAGAAACAUAGUUGUAAGGUGGCCAUCAGGGACCUUGAAGCAGGACUUUAUAUUGACAACAUAUCUUACAUGGAUGAAGAAGAAAAACUUGAUGUGGACAUAUGUAAAGAUGAGAACAAUCCAGAUCAUGUGGAAGCCACGCAUGAGGAUAAAGAAGUUCUCUUGAACGCUGAGAACAAGCCCGGGGUCGAUUUACUUGAGAAGGAAGCUGAAGUUCAUGGGCUUCGGAAGCGACGAGUGGCGAAGGUGGACACAGUAAGAUCAGUUGUCACCGGUGAUUCCGCAUUCGGAAGAAUGCCAGAAGAGGAGCGCCGAGGUGCGGCAAUCGCGAAUCGUAUGAAAGACGUACCUUUUGAAAGUGGCCCAGAGACGAAACAGAAGCCCUUAGACAAGAAAACAGGGAAGCAGGCUAAGGGCUCAGUGAAACCAGCUGGAAGGCGUGGUAGUGAUGGUCCACCUCUCGAGGAUUUCAGAGUGAAGGAAGAUGCAGAAACAAAUAGGAAGGUGCACGAAUCUCUUGAUAAUUUUAUUAGACAGACAAUCCGAUGUGAGCCAUACAUGACCUUCUCAGGGAGACCGGGGGAUAAGCCUUUACAGCGUCUCAGGUCUGAUGUAUUUGAGAAUCAUGUUGGAGGGAAGUUUGGACGGGGAUUUAAAGUUGAGGGUGGCUCAGACGCCAGGGAUAUUAUUGCUGAAGAUAAUAUUAGCACCGAUGGUCUCACAAGUGAUGUAGAUGGCCUAAAAGAAACGCCUCUCAGCGGAUCCAAGGGAAUUGGUGGUCUCGGUAGGGGACCUCAACAUUCCCUGAAAGUCCCGCCAGGAGUUGUUGCCUUCACCCAGGCGGCUGCGAAAGGCACUGAUCUUCCCGGAUGGCCGUUAUCAUCUCCCUCUAAAAUGACUUUGACGAAAUGUGAUAAAUGUUCUCGAGAGUUUUGCUCGAGUCUCAAUUAUCGAAGACACGUGAGAGUGCACAGGAAAACUCUCACCGAGAAGAAGGACCUAAGCAAAGAGAGGUCAAAAGUUGCAGAAUUUUGGGACAAGUUAACACCAGAGCAGGCCAGUGUUAUUGUAAACUAUGAGAAUAUGGAAAUAGAGGAUUUAUCAGGAAAUUCGUUACUUAAAGCCCUGGCGGGUUUUAUACAACAACCUGGCAUGCCUUCGAUGCCAUCAGGACUCAUGAAGGCAGGGUCAGCACUUCUUGAUAUAGUACAAAACAAGCCAUCAGUGUACCCUCUCCCCUCCGAACGACUUCUCAGCAUUUUAGAUGAUGCCAGCGAGAAGACGUUUCUUACUGGAGGAGCGUCUGGUACCUACCCUCGCGUUGUAUUUAAUGGCGAUGCUGGGAAAGUUGGAUUAGAGGAGAAAAAUCUUGUCGCUUCCAUGGGCUUUCAUGUCGAAUUGAGACUGGUUAAAGCGUGGAUGGCCGAUAAGGAAGCUGAAGCUUUGCGAAACCAACAAGCGCUAUUUAAGGAGGAGGAGGCUGCACAACAAAAACGGGCAAAACUCCUUGAAAAAAGGCGAAUGAAGAAGAUCCGGCAAAAGGAGCGCAAAGUCACGGCUUCACAACUGGUUCAGGAGUUGGAGAACGAAUCCUUGGACGAUGAGGGUAACAUUCCUGGAGUGGAGGAGGAUGAUUCCCCAACAGCUACAGGGUCCAGUGUUUCGUCUCUUGUUUCCGCCCAUGAUCUAGCAAUGCCAGGAACCUCUGACCUAGAUAUGAAUGAGGAUAUAGGACAGGUAGAAGGAAGAGAUGAACAACCCGGCCUAGCGGGGGAACCAGUUAUAGAAAGGAACAAAGUCAGAGAGGAGGAUACUGUGCAACUCCCUAAAGACAUAUCUUCACCCGGUGGAAUAGGGAAAUCUAUGUUUUACAAUCCAGAGGAUUCUUCAGAUUCUUUCGUUUCGGUUAGUAGGAAGGGUGAUUACCACUCUUUUGACCACACUGUAAAGGACAAAGAAAUCCUCUCUAGAAAUUUAGAAGAGGCAGUUCAGGAUAUUGAUAGAGACUCCAGAAUGGCUCAACAAGUAACAUACAAUCGUAGUGGGAGGCCAGCCGAUGUGCAGACAGGUCUGCACAGUCGCAAGGGUGAUCAAGAGAGAAUAACCUCAGACUUUAGAAGGCGUGAGUCUGACAGAUCUGUUGUAGAGAGGAAACCUUUGAGGAUUAGCAGGGACAGGACAAGAAUUGAGUAUCCGGAGGUAUUCCAAAAGCCUGGAAGAGACACUAAAGGUUAUGACACAAGAUAUGUGGACGGUCCUUCGCAAUCCACAUUCAAACCUGUCAGGAAAGCGAAUUCUUUCGCUUUAAAGAGUGACUCUGGGACUUCUGAUUUGGCUGUUCUUUCAAGAACCCAGCAGUAUCGAAGUAAGCCUCCAGGUAUGCAUCGUACGACGCAUACGCCGAUUGCAGGUAAUGGUCAAGUUGUUUGGACCAGAAAGGUUUCCCAACCAGCCGUUGUGGAAUUAUGCAAGGACAGAAAGGAGGAGGUUAUCCAAGAUGAUAAGUUGGCCAACAAUUCUCUCACUUGUCACGAAUGGGAGCUACAAAUAGAGUUGACAGACGCUGUAGAGCUGGCCUCGGAAUCUACAGGUGCUCCAGAGGUUGUGAAACCGGAUAGGGAAGAUACAGAGACGAAGGAAGCCACAACUACUUCAGCUAUAUUGGACGUGAAGCCUGGAAAUGAAUUGAAGGCAGGGGGAUUGGCUGAGGAUACCACCUUCGUCUUUGGGCAGAAGGAACUCGAUAACGAUGAUGACACAAUGUAUAGCGGUGCACUUUUGGUUGGAUCUCUCAGUGUGCCCAUCGGUAAAUUUGCCACAGAAAAAUUUGGCCAGUCCAGGAACUAUCGAGCUUUCCGUUCUGCCUCAGAUCUUUUGCCUGAUUUAGCAUUGAGUCCAGCUCCUGAUGGGGAAGGAAAUGAUCUGGGAGUGAGACCUCAGCCUUCAGUUCAGCCAGAUGAUGCGUCGUUGUGUAUCCCUCGUUUGAAGCUUACUGUACCCGAAAGCUCCGAUGGGCCCAGCGAAAAUGUUGGAAGCGAUUUGCCAGUUCCUGUCGUUAGGCCCAACCUAGGUUUUGAUCAAGGCUUAAAGCUGAAGCCCCAGUCACCUACGUCUAUUCCAGACAGAGCAGAAAGUGGACGUCCUCUUGCUUUGCCUCCUGGACAGGAUCGACUUGCAGUGAAACCAGGCUCUUGGCAGACUUCUGCCGGUCGCUAUGUUACUGCAAAAGUGUGGCGUGCUGUGGGUCUGGUCGGCGAAAGGCAAGAUGCUGUUCCUGGAGUGGCGAGUGCAGGAGAUGGCGAGGCAAGAAUUCUCCAGGAAGAAACGGAUACUUUAGAUGGAAAUGGAGCUGAUGGGUUGCUGGUCAAGAAAGAUGCAGAGAUGCAAAGCCGUGAUGAUGACGCCUCUGUUGUUUUGGACUCCAAUUCUGUGGAGUACAGUGGUGACCAGGCUUUUCACACUAGUACGCAGAUUACAUCCAGGCCUGUGGAUUCUGAGGCAGAUGUUCCCUCGAACGGAGCUACACAGAGCUCAUUUGUUCCAGUGACUGAAGAUGGUGCAGAUACUGCAGCCCUGGUUUCGGAUCUCUGUUCUUUAUCUGUUUUCUUGGAAGUCGCGGAAAGGUUUUUGAGUGAAAGAUGGAGAGUAGCAAUUGCUCAAGCAUCUCCGGAUGAAUAUGUGGACUAUUCGGCGGAAGGAAUAUCAAAAGUAGCUGAAGUCUGCAAUAUGACGGAAAUGUUAUCACAACAGCUGUCUGGUAAGGGCAUGAGGCACCAUUCAGGUGCAGACCCUUUGCCUUGUUCAUCUUCCUCUGUUGUGACUCAGUCGUUGGGGAAGACUGCCCAUGAUGGGGGCGUGUUUUUGUCCAGGAUCUUCAACGACUCUGAUCAAACUGGUAUGGAAGAUGUAAGUCAUCAAACGACACAUGAUGAUCAACGGCUGGAUGGAGCAGGUUCCCAGGAGUGCCGUAUGCCUCAAGUGCUUUCAUCAGAGGAGGAUUCCGGAAUGAGGGAUUCACUGUCCUCUCCUAUUGAUUGUGAGCAGUUUAUCAGUGGGACUGAGAACUUUAGAAGUUACAUUGGGUCUGCGGCUCAGGUGGGAAGGGUACAUGGAUCCGAGAGACAUUCUGAAUCAAGAGGAGGUGGAGGGGGGAGUUUAGGUUAUUCGCAUGCAAGGCACUCAAGUAGUAGGCAAGAAAGAUGGUAUCGAAAUCCCCGGGACAGGUUUCCAGAACAAAGAUACAUGCCUCGCAGGCGGGCUCCAGUGGAGAAGAAUUGCUGAGAUGACGGAUUCUGAUGAAGUUAUGUUUGACAAAUUUGGGCUUUGUGGACAUGUUGUGUAGUUUCUCCUCCCCUGUUUGCCAUGAUUCUUUGGAUGGGCAUUGCCAUUGCAAUGACCCGUUGUGUCAAUAGAGUAUUCAUCAUGACAGGUGUGCAUUGAUGCAGCAGGUGCAUCCAUUUGUAGGUUAUGUGAGUCCCUAAAUCAACACGUCGGAGUGUAGUCCUCAGCUCAUAUUGCUAGAUGUAUCCACUCUAGUAUUUCCUGCGAGGACUGUGUAGCAAGCAGGUUUUCGGCUUUUGCUGUAGGAGGCCUGUGCCCACAGUCCUAUGUGAAGAAGAUAGUGGCCACGGGUUCCCUCCGCAGAUAGCAGAAUGAAUCUCUUUCCUUUAGGGGUUCUCUGUAUUAGUCACUGGCGGCAUGUACAUAUUUUAGAAGGAAGAGUAAGAAAACUAGUCAAUUUUUGUGCC